CCUGGGUCUUUGGGUCAUCUGUGGUACAUUAGUCUGACCAGGGGCAGAUAACUCUAAUAAUGUUUACACUUAGAGAUUUAGGAUGAUUUUAAAAUUGGCAGCUGUUGAUAGCAAAAUCAUGUCCUCCAGACUGAGCAGUCUUCUGACCUACUCUAACUUUGUGCAUGCUGUGUCAGGAGCAACGGGCAGUGUAAUUGCAAUGGCUGUAUUUUAUCCCCUGGAAACUGUUAGAACAAGAUUACAGGUACAUGUAGGUCGACAAGCUAAACACACACCAAUGGAAGCUUUGGACAUUAUAAAAGAUGAAGGGAUAUUGUCCCUUUACCAGGGCCUUUUUCCUGUACUAGUCACACUGUGUUGCUCUAACUUUGUAUACUUCUAUACCUACAAUGGUCUUAAAACAGUACUGCAGGAGGAAGGGAGCAAGCCGGGACCUUUGAAGGAUCUAUUGAUGGCUUUUGUGUCAGGUGUCAUCAAUGUUCUGGUCACAAAUCCUCUUUGGGUUGUUAACACCAGAAUCAAACUGCAGGGAAUCAAAUGUGGCACUGAAACACUGAAGACAACACCCCCUCCCACCUACAGGGGGAUCUUAGAUGGUCUACGUAAAAUAAUUUCACAGGAAGGAGUUCCUGCCCUUUGGAAUGGAACCACAGCUUCUGUCAUUUUAGCUUCCAAUCCCUCCAUACAGUUCAUGGUGUAUGAGACUGUGAAAAGAUACUUUCAACAAUUUUUCAAAUCAAAAGAUCUUAGUGGAUUUUUAUACUUCACCAUUGGUGCAAUAUCAAAAACAGUAGCCACCAUAGUAACAUACCCUUUACAAAUCUUGCAAUCUCGAUUAAGGGCUAGUACCAAAAGAUCAGAAAAUUCCAAAAAGGUUGUCCAAAGUUUACUUGAUAUAAUCAGAUCUGAAGGCUUCCAAGGACUAUACAGAGGCAUGGAGGCCAAGCUUGUACAAACUGUGAUGACCGCAGCUCUAAUGUUCCUGUGUUAUGAAAAAAUAGCUGCUUUUAUCUUUAAAACCAUGGGACUUAAGACGUAAACAAUCAAAAACUUUGCCAAAAUUUUACUGUCAUUUGUAUACCGAUUCAAUGUAGUAAUUGAUGUGUAAUUGUGCAUUUGUCAUGAAAAAAUGCAAUAUUAUAUAUUUUUAUACACGUUUCUUAUUACUUUUUUUAUGUUAUUGAAUAAAUGUAAGUU